AUGGAACAAGAAUUAAUUCAAAUCAUAAAUUUAUUAACAUCAAAUGAACUACCGACAGUAAUAACUGGAUUGGAACAAACUCAUCAAUUGUUGAUGAGUUUAUUACCAUCGAUUAAACAAUAUCAAAACUUAUUAAUGAAUACCAAUAAUAAUAGUGCAUCAUUGAUGUAUAAUCAACGCCAUAUUAAACAAAAUCGAGAUUUACAACAAUUGAUACAAUUUCAAAUUUCACAAGAUAAUUUCCAAUAUAAUUUAAUACAAUAUUUAUUACCAAUUUAUGAUAAAUAUAAAUUAUCUUUAAAUGAUUAUCUAUUGAGUAAUCAAAUAAUUCAAGGUAUAUUAUUGAUUCAUCCCAAUUCCAAAAGAAUUUUCAAUAUUAAUCAGCAUAAUAUGAAAAUUAUUCUUGAUUUAUUAGAUGGCUGCAACAACAAAGAUACUACUAAUGAUAAUAUAAAAUUAUCCAUAUCAUUAAUAUCAACUUUGAUUCAUGUUUUAUUGAAAAAUUAUGAUAAUUACCGAAUAUUUGAAAAUUUAAAUGGUUGUAGUAUAUUAAUUAAACAUUUUAAAUUGAGUUCAUUUGAAAAUAUUAAUGAUCAAACCAACACAAACACAAACACUAACAGUAGUAAUAAUGAAGAUGAAGAAUUAAAUAAUAAUUUAAAUUUUAAAAUCAUUGAAUUUUUAAUGCUUUAUUUAUCAGAAGAAAUUGAUAAUACUAAUCCUAAUGGUGGGGGUAAAUCAAUUCAAGAAAAAUCUCAAUUUUUUAUUAAUGAUUUUCCAGAAAUUGAUUCAUUAAUUGAAAAUCUUAAUCAAUUAAACAAUUUAUAA